GAAGGGGCGCGGAGGACGGGCUGCCCACGCGGGGAGCAGAGGAGCCAUUAGAGCCUUCGGUCUGAGCCGGAGAACAAUGGCGAGCCACGCAGAUUUGAAGAGGGUUGGGCGGCGGCGCGGUUGGUUCGACCCGAGGCGGCGGCCCGCCUCCCCCUCCCCCCGCCAGCCGGCCCGCAGCCUCACGUGUGGCGGGAAGGUGUGGCGGGUGGGUGAUUGCUCUGUGUCUGGCAUGAGGAAGUGGAGGUCGAUGAUGCCAUUCGUCCAUAUGGGCAGCGGAGGAGGAGCAAGUCAGGUGUGGGGUGCCUGAGGGGAGCGUGGCGCCCAGUGUAAGCCGGUGAUGGCUGGGAGGCGUCCACAGUCAUGGGCAUCUGGGUAUUGAUUCACACCGUCUACCUGGGUUUGAUCCAGGUGCUCAGAUACUGGAGCCAGGUAUGGGUAUCUGAAGAGUUCCUUGGCCAGGUCCUCUUCACCAUGGCCAGACGUCCCCGGAGCAGCCGGGCUUGGCGUUUUGUCCUGAGCGCAGCCCGUCGAGAUGCUGAUGCCCGAGCUGUGGCUCUAACAGGCACCACUAACUGGGGCUAUGACUCUGAUGGCCAGCACAGCGACUCAGAUUCUGACCCCGAGUGCUCGUCCCUGCCGACGUCCAUCCCCAGUGCCGUACCCGUGACGGGCGAAUCCUUCUGUGACUGCCAGGGCCAGAGCGAGCCGGCCUUCUGCAGCAGCCUGCACCCGACUCACCGCAGCAAGGACUGCCGCUGCGGGGAGGAGGACGAGCAUUUCGACUGGGUCUGGGAUGACCUGAGCAAGUCCUCGGCCACUGUGCUGAGCUGUGACAAGCGCCAGGUCAGCUUCCACGUGGAGUACAGCUGUGGCACUGCUGCCAUCCGUGGCACCAAGGAGUUGGGGGAGGGCCAGCACUUCUGGGAGAUCAAGAUGACCUCGCCCGUCUAUGGCACUGACAUGAUGGUGGGCAUCGGGACAUCGGAUGUGGACCUGGACAAAUACCACCACACUUUCUGCAGCCUGCUGGGCAGGGACGAGGACAGCUGGGGCCUCUCAUACACUGGGCUGCUCCACCACAAGGGUGACAAGACAAGCUUCUCCUCGCGCUUUGGCCAGGGCUCCAUCAUCGGUGUGCACCUGGACACCUGGCACGGGACGCUGACCUUCUUCAAGAACAGGAAGCGCAUAGGCGUGGCGGCCACCCAGCUGCAGAACAAGCGGUUUUACCCAAUGGUGUGCUCCACGGCGGCCAAGAGCAGCAUGAAGGUGAUUCGGUCUUGUGCCAGCACCACCUCCUUGCAGUACCUCUGCUGCUACCGCCUGCGCCAGCUGCGGCCGGACUCGGGUGACACGCUGGAGGGCCUGCCCCUGCCCCCCGGCCUCAAGCAGGUGCUGCACAACAAGCUGGGCUGGGUCCUGAGCAUGAACUGCAGCCACCGCCAGCCCCCCGCGCCCGUGCCCAGCGCUGACGCACCCAGCCCCCAUCCCGACACCAGGCCCUGCCAGAGGAAGCGCUGCCGACGGACCUGACCUUCUCCUGGGGCACCCCCCCCCGGGGGGGCAUGGAUGCCCAUUCUGGCCUCCAGGCCUGUCUAGGGCAGUAGGAAAUGGAGGAGCUGGCUGAGGUCUGCUGGGGUUGUCCCCAUGUGGCCUGAGGUCAGGACAGUUCUUUCUCCAGGACCUCCAGGGACACACUGCCAGGGUCCCAGGCCAACUUGCUGCCUUGGCCUUGGAGCCCCCCUCUGCCUGGGGCUGCUGCAGGGCCUGGCCUGUGAGCCAAGGAGGCGGGCAGCCCAGGGAAGGGUCCAUGGAUCUUGGUCGGCUCUUCCUGCCUCACAGGCUCCCCUGCCCUUUGGGCCUUGGUUUCUCUGACUUGCCCUGCAUGUUGCCCGCUGUCUUCAGCGGAGGUUCCCAACAAUUGCAGCAGACAUGGGGCUG